AUGCCGGCGCUCCGGCUACUGGGGCGAAAAUGGCUGGCUGCCUCCGAUGAUCUUGUAUUUCCCAGUAUUUUCGAACUUCUCUUUCGAUUCGUGUGGCUAGUGCUGAUAGCCCUGGUGGUGGAAGUGCUGUAUCCAGUAACAUGGCAAUGCCAGAGCGAGGGAUGGCACGGUGGGUCGUUCGUACGUCUCUACCUUUGCGGAAACCUUGCGCUGCAAGCUUGCCUCAUGCUGCUGCUGUCAGCUUUGGCCCAGCAGUCCGCAAGAGGCACCAUCACGGACACAGACGCGCGGAAACUCGUCGCACCUUUAUUAUUACUUAAAGUAUUUCUUGUUCUGCCCGAAGUUACUCUGAACGUGAUGGGAACGAUGUGGAUGUUCUGUGACGUCAUCGAAUGCGAUGUGAAAGACAAAUUCUCCAGUAUUGUAAUACAGAGUAUAGUACUAUUUAAUUGGGUGCAGCUGGCGUUGACGGUGUUUGGCCUUUUUAUGGUUUUCGAUCCGUUGGGGUCAGUGAACUAUGACGAGAUGUUGGACACGCCGAAUCAGGCCCGACAUCAUAGGAAGGUGACGGGGCUGUGGUCCAGGAGGUUCCGGUGGGCGUUUUGCUGGUUGAAGCGGGACGAACACGGGAAGGAAGCGUUUCAACAGGUCGCUGCAUUGCUGAGUGCCCUGUUCAGGUCGACGGACCUCGUACCUUCAGACGUGGUCGCGGGCUGCGUACUCCUAAGAGUGAGACAAAAGAGGGAAACGAGGGAGAUGCGAAGAAUACAAAUGCUCAACGACGAGGAGCCAAUCUACACCACGGACGUCAACAAGGUGUUCUCGGAGACGCCGCCUUGGAUGAAUUUAGACCACGCGCUGCAUUAUUUGAGGUUAUCCAUCGCGGCUUACGGCUGGCCCUACGUGAUCUACCGUCAUUGUUUCACCGGGUUCUGUAAAUUGGCGAGACAUUUGACCUGUUGCUGUUGCCGGCCAAAGAACUCUAUAGUGACGGACGACAACUGUUGCCUGUGCCACUUCGCCGGAGUCAAGUACAUGUCUAAGCUCUCUGCUGAUGACAUCAUUUUCGCUUCAUUCAACAAUCGAGUUUUCGAAUUACCGUUCUGUGUGAUCGCGGAUCAUGAGCGGGAGAGUAUCGUGGUGGCCAUACGAGGAUCUAUCUCUCUUAGCGACAUCUUCACUGACUUCACAGCUGGCUCCGAGAGGUUCGAAGCCGAUGGUUUGCCAGAAGGUACUGCAGCACAUAAGGGCAUGUCGAUGGGUGCUGCGAAAAUGCUGCGGCGGUUAAUGCCAGUGCUGGACCGGGCAUUCCAGCAGUUCCCACACUACGAUCUAGUCUUAACAGGUCACAGCCUCGGCGCAGGAGUGGCGGUGCUGGUGGGGAUAAAGCUGAGGCCGAGAUAUCCGCAUUUGAAAGUGUUUGCAUUUUCUACGCCAGCGGGGCUCAUAAGCCGCGAAGCUGCGCGCUACACAGAAAGUUUCGUCCUAACAGUGGGCGUUGGAGACGACCUGGUGAUGAGGUUAAGUGUCCAUAGCAUAGAAAACUUAAGGACUAAAGUGAUACAGACUAUACACGCCACUAAAUUGCCUAAGUAUCGCAUAAUGCUCAACGGAUUCGGUUACGCUCUCUUCGGUGUGCCAGCGCGAGACCUGGAGUCAACAUGGAGACGGCCGGAAGACCUGGAAGCGAAUCAUUCGGACGAUUCCACAGACGCACUCCUAAUCCAGGGCGUCUCCACCGUGAGUGCUGAGGCAGCGCUAGUCUCGCGGAAUGUAUUUACGCGAAGAUUUUCUUCAGCUCGACUGUUCACUCCUGGAAGAAUAUUACAUAUCGUUCGGCGCAAACGCAUGGGAAUUGAAAAAAAAGUGCGUAUCCAAGAGCCAACGUACGAGAUGAGAUGGGCAUGCGCAGAGGACUUCAUGGAGUUGCAGGUGAUGCCGCGAAUGCUGCUCGAUCACUUGCCAGAAAACGUACAUCGUACUAUCGAGACCAUAGUGAACGAGAAACACCACUAUCGGGUCACAGCUGUUAUAUAA